CUACGGGAGCGUGGCCUCUCUGGCAGAGGACAAUCAGAGGAAUGAGGAGGGUGAGGAACUUCAUCUGCAAUUGACAGAUAACGUUAAUAACGAAGACUUGAAAAGAAACAUCUGGAAUCGAGGCAGCCCUAAAAGAAAGCAAGUCAGCUGUUUGGUUGAGAAGAGAGAUGGAAGGAAGCAUAGUGAACAUUUUCCAAAGCACAGCAUAAUGAAGACAAGUAAAUCUAUUCAAGGUGGAAAGUACUUCAGAUAUAGAUCACAGCUUCUUGUGAACCAAAGAAAACACAGAGGAGAGAAAUUUUUUAAAUACUCAGGGUGUGAAAAGAAAUUAAGUUCGAAGGGCAGUCUUCAACGGCAUAAAAGAACCCACUCAGGGGAGAAACCCUUUGAAUGCGCAGAGUGUGGGAAGACAUUCAGUGCGCGUAGUUAUCUACAAGUGCAUCAAAGAACCCACACAGGGGAGAAACCGUUCGAAUGCCCAGAGUGCGGAAAGAGAUUCCGUCAGAAUGCAAGUCUUCAAGAUCAUCAAAGAACCCAUACAGGGGAGAAACCGUUUCAAUGUUCAGAGUGUGGAAAGAGAUUCAGUCGGAAUAGCAGUCUUCAAUAUCAUCGAAGAACCCACACAGGGGAGAAACCAUUUGAAUGUUCAGAGUGUGGUAGGAGAUUCAGUCAGAGUAGCAGUCUUCAAAGGCAUAAAAGAACUCACACAGGGGAGAAACCAUUUGAAUGUUCAGAGUGUGGAAAGAGAUUCAGUCGGAAUAGCAGUCUUCAAUAUCAUCGAAGAACCCACACAGGGGAAAAACCUUUUGAAUGCUCAGAGUGUGGAAAGAGGUUCACUACAAAUCGCUAUCUUCAAUAUCAUCAAGGAACCCACUCAAGGAAGAAAACUUUUGAAUACUCAGAUUGUGGAAAGAGCUUCACUCAGGGCCGUGCUCUUCACGAUCAUCAAAGAACUCACAUGGGGGAGAAAACUUUUGAAUGUUCAGAGUGUGGAAAGAGAUUCAGUCGAAAUGGCAGUCUUCAAUAUCAUCUAAGAACCCACACAGGGGAGAAACCAUUUGAAUGUUUAGAGUGUGGAAAGAGAUUCAGUCAGAAGGGCACUCUUCACGAUCAUCAAAGAACCCACACAGGGGAGAAACCUUUUGAAUGUUCAGAGUGUGGAAGGAGAUUCAGUCGGAGUAGCAAACUUCAAGAACAUAAAAUAACCCAUGCAAGGGAGAAACUUUUUGAAUGCUCAGAGUGUGGAAAGAGAUUCAGUACUAGUCGCUAUCUUCAACUGCACCAAAGAACCCACACAGAGGAGAAACCUUUUCAAUGCACAGAGUGUGGGAAGAGAUUCAGUCACAGUAGCAGUCUUCAAAGGCAUAAAAGAACUCACACAGGGGAGAAACCUUAUGAAUGCUCAGAGUGUGGAAAGAGAUUCAGUUGCAGUAGCCAUCUUCGAGACCAUAAAAGAAUCCACACAGGGGAGAAACCUUUUGAAUGUUCAGAGUGUGGAAAGAGGUUCACUCAGGGUGGCUCUCUUCACCAGCAUAAAAAAACCCACAAUGGGAGAAACUUUUUGAAUGCUCAGUGUGGGGAAAGAGAUUCAAGUUGA